GGGUACUUGCAGGAUGAUUCCCAGUUCACAAGCCCUACUCAACCAUCGACAUCACGGACAGAUAGAACCGCUAACGCACCUUUCAAUAACCAGGAGAUUUACUCUCCAACCCACGUUCACGACCAUGAGCGCGAGCUGCCGCCCCUACCAGACCAGCCAAACCAGCGCGGCAGCUACCAACAGCCCGCCCGAACAUGGGUGAAUGGAUCUCCAACUGAUGGUAAUGGUGCUGCUAGGCGAGGGGGAGGGCCAGAUGACGAGGUGGUCCACGUUGAAGCAAAGCCGGUAGGACGUCCCGAAGUACAAGAGAACACGACACACAGAGCACUCGAUGCCAAUCAGGAGCGUAGAACUGCACACGACGUUACAAUGAUCACAUUAGGAGUCCCGGACCUCUCCUCUUUGAUUAGAGUACAAUUGAUUCACAAUCUAUUGGUUCACCAGGGUUCUGGAACAGCGCUUUACGAAGGUGGCCCGCUUGGAAUCCUCAUAGCCUUUGGCUUUGUCGGUGCGUAUCAAGCCCCACAAACUGAAAUGGAAAAAGAACUAACCGCCCUACUGCAUGAUGACGAGUCUAUGCGAGGCUUUGUCGGUUUUGCGUCGAGAUAUAUUCAUCCAGCGGUCGGUUUUGGUCUGGGGUGGACCUACGUCUUCCAAUUCCUAUUCGUCCCGGCAUCGCAUAUAAACACAGCUGCAAUUGUGAUGGAAUACAGUGGAUACACUGUUAGUCUCGACUAUCAGCCCAUUGGAUCGAGUAACCCUGUGCCUGUGGCAGUUUGGAGAUUGAUAUUUA